UCGCGGCAGGGCUGACCUUGGAAGUGGGCAACGCCGAGAGAACCUGAAAAGGAGCAACGUCACAAGCCCUACUUCCCUCCCCCCCGUCUUACUAACCCGACGUACAUCCCUCCAUAACUCCAAUACAACUUGUUAUGCAUUGUACUGUACACCUGUACUUCUUACCACCAGCUGUACUUCCUUCCCAUUAGAAUGCUGCUUUUGUGAGAGAGGGGAAGGAAAGAAAGAAAGAAAAAAAGAGAGAGAGCGAGCGAGCGAGCGAGAGAGGGAGGAAGAAGAAGAAAAAAAGAAAAGCUUCCCCCUCCACGCCCUCCAACCGCUCUGCUUGGAAUCGCUUCUAGUAGCAUGUGUGCUUCCUCGAAACAGCCCGCGCCGUCUUCCCGCUGUCCUGCUCAGUCGGCAUGGAUCAGUUCCCCCCGCCGCCUCGCACUUUCACCGCAGCGUCGUCAACCGAGAAAGCCAGCCAGCUCCUCCUCCGCGAGUAUCCUCACCGCGCCAUCGCCAUCGCCACGUCGACCCAUGCCCUGAUCUUCCGGUACACAGCAUCCACCAGCGAGGCGAUCGCCGAUGGCUCGCUCACGCCCGUCGCGUCGGCCGCGCGGCUCCGCGCCGGUAGCGACGGACCCGCGCCCAAGUGCAUGGUCGAGUUCUCGCCCGUCUCGAAGGAGCUCCUCCGCGGUUUCCGACCCCUAACCCCUCGCCCGAUCUACGGAACGCUGGGCCUGAUAUCGAUCAACCGCGAUGUCUUCCUGUGCGUCAUCACGCAGGCCUCGCGCGUGGCCACCCUGCGGCCCGGCGAGACCGUCGAGCGGAUCGGCGGCGUCGACUUCUUCUGCCUGAGCAGCGCCGAGUACGACUACGCCAUCUCGCUCAACGCAUACGACAGCGACCCCUCGGAUUCCACGUCCGCCGCGUACGGCCCGGGCCUCGGUCGCAGAGAGGGCGAGAUAGAAUACCCGUACCAAGAGCUGCAGAAGCUGCUGAGCAACGGCAGCUUCUACUACAGCACCGACUUCGACUUGACCAAUAGGCUACAGGACAGGCCGAUAGACUCGGAUACGUUCGACAUCGACAAUUUCGACGAUGCCUUCUUGUGGAACUUUUUCAUGAUUAGCCCCUUGGUACAGUUUCGAUCCCGGCUCCUCGGACACGAGCGCGAGACCCUCGACGCAUCCAGGAUUCUGACGUCUGCGAUACGGGGGUUCUGCUCGACCAUGACCAUCCCGCAGACGUCCGCCCCGCUCAGGGACGCCCACUCCGGCCUCCCCUCCUACCUCACCGUCAUUUCCCGUUUGUCGUGUAGGCGGGCCGGAACUCGGUUCAAUAGUCGAGGCAUCGAUGAUGACGGGCAUGUGGCCAACUUCGUCGAGACGGAAACCAUAUACUGGAGCCCCUCCGGUAUUCUCUUCUCGUAUGCGCAAGUUCGCGGCUCGGUACCCGUGUUCUGGGAGCAGACUCCGGGCCUCAUCCCCGGUCAGCAGAAGAUCGCUAUCACGCGUUCGGCCGACGGGACGCAGCCAGCGUUCGAUAAGCACUUCGAGGAUUUGGAGCAGUCGUACGGCGCCGUGCACGUCGUCAAUCUGCUCAGCGCCACGAAACCGGGCGAGGCAGAGCUUACAACCCUGUUCCACUACGGUCUGCAGCAUUGCUCGCUGAGUCGCGUAGGGGAGAAGCAGUCCUCUGAUCAUGCGCUCUUACGGGGAUCGGACUACGAUUUCCACGCAGAAACGAAGACCGCUGGAUACGAGGCCGCUCGAGGGAUUCGGCGCUACAUCGGGCACUCUGCGGAGGGGUUCGCGUAUUAUCUUGCUGAGCUCACGGACGAUAUGGUCGAGGCUAACGAACCGAACAGCCACCAAAGGAUGGUCGUGGUGCUCCAGCAGGAAGGAGUGUUUCGGACGAACUGUCUAGACUGCUUGGACAGGACUAAUCUCAUCCAGACACUGAUCUCGCAAAUGGCAGUUGAGGCAUUCCUAAGUCACCGCGAUGAAUAUGCUGCGUCGGAUUUCUGGUCGCGGCAUUCUACUCUCUGGGCCGAUAACGGCGACGCGCUUUCGAGGAUCUACGCCGGCACGGGGGCCCUCAAAUCUUCCUUCACGAGGCAUGGUAAGAUGUCCCUGGCCGGAGCCUUUGCGGACGCUCGGAAAAGUGCUACAAGGCUGUACAUCAACAACUUUACCGACAAGGCAAGGCAAAACACGAUCGAUAUGCUCCUGGGAAGAUUAGUGGGCCAGGCGCCCGUCCAUCUCUUCGACCCGAUUAGCGACUACAUAUCCGGCGAACUCAGCAAGCGCAGCUCAGAGUACUCCUCGAUGGAAAAUAUUAUCAUGUGGGUUGGUACCUUCAAUCUGAAUGGGCGUACAGACGGCAUCGGCGACGACUUGUCUCCCUGGCUCUUCCCUCCCGAGCUCGGCUCCGUACAGCCUGAGAUCAUGGCUGUGGGCUUCCAGGAGAUUGUCGAACUGAGCGCUCAACAGAUCAUGAACAGCGAUCCCACCAGGAAACAGCAGUGGGAGAGAGCUAUUAAGAAGACACUAAAUGAUCGUGCCAAGCAACUCGGAGGGGAAAAAUACGUCUUGCUUCGAAGCGGACAGCUCGUCGGGGCAGCUUUGUGCAUCUUCGUGAGAGCUUCUGUCCUCCCCAAGAUCAAGAACGUCGAAGGCAGCGUCAAGAAGACGGGCAUGUCCGGCAUAGCGGGAAACAAGGGCGCGGUCGCCAUCCGGAUGGAUUACGCAAAUACUCAGCUGUGUUUCGUGACGGCCCAUCUCGCUGCCGGAUUCGCCAAUUACGACGAGAGGAAUAAAGACUACGCUACGAUUCACCACGGGCUGCGGUUCCAACGGAACAGAGGCAUCGACGAUCACGACACUGUGGUUUGGCUCGGGGACUUCAAUUACCGAAUUGGAUUGUCUCGCGAGAGGGUCAUGGACCUGAUCCAGAAACAGGAUCUGGAUAAGCUAUACGAAAACGAUCAGUUGAACCUGCAAAUGGUUGCCGGCCUUUCGUUCCCGUACUACUCGGAAGCGCAAAUCACCUUCAUGCCAACAUACAAAUUCGAUAUCGGCACCGAUCAGUAUGACACAUCCGAGAAGGCGCGUAUCCCGGCGUGGACAGACCGAAUCCUACGCAAGGGCACGAAUAUAAAGCAACUAUCAUACAACCGUGCCCCUUUGCGCUUCUCGGAUCAUCGCCCGGUGUUCGCAACGUUCCAGUGCGCCGUGAAUAUCGUGGACGAGGCGCUCCGGGAACGGAUCAGUCGGGAGCUGUAUGAGCGGCGCAAAGCAGAAGUCGGCCACACGGCGGCAGGUUUGGCUAGCGACGACUCGGAAGACGACGAGGAUCUCAUCGGGUACGACCCAAUCGAGCCGGGUCUACCACCCGCCAGCUCCGACCGGCAAAGAUGGUGGCUCGAUAACGGCAAGAUGGCGACGUCUACGAUUGGCCCGCCAAAACUAGCCAACGGGAAUCGUGAUAAUUCUACGAUGAUACUCAAUCCUAGCCGACUUUCGAACCCGUUUAUCCCCACCGAGGAAUCAGACUGGGUUGCCAUCCCACGGUCCAACUCGAGGCUGUCCUCGUUCUCUAGCAUAUCCACGUCUCCAUACGAGCAUAUCAACCACUCUACCCUUCUUUCGACGUCGGCCGCGUCCAACUCGUCGUUCAGGAAGCUGCCGCCGCCGUACGAUCCGACGACUCUGCCCGCGAAGGUCGGCCAGAUCAGUCUGCUAGACGAUCAGGCGGUCGCGCCUAGCUAUAAGAACGAGGUUCCACCGCCGCCGCCGCCGAGGAGACAGACCACCACCAGUCUUAGCCAAUACUCUCAGCCACCUACAUCGGUGGGUGCCCAGUCCGCCACGCGACCGUUGAAGCCCACGGUGCCACAACAGCAGCAACCGCCGGCUGCCUCUUCAGCUUCGUCCUCUGAGGCGGCCAACAAACCCAAGGCGCCUCCGCCCGUAGCCAAAAAGCCGGCCCAUCUCAUAUCGACUUCACCAACGUCUAGCCCUUCUCCCCUCGACACGCAGGACUUUAGCCUGCCCCUAGACCGCCAAAUACCGAAGCCGCCAAUACCGCGUAAGCCGGCAACCAACAUCUCUAACUUGACAUCCAAGCUCGAAGCGAGUAGGUCGGGGGCAUCGAGGGGGGGGGCGAUGUUCCAGACGCACUCGGCCGCACCGCGCGCGAAUGGGAACGCGCUUCGCGACUUCUCUAAGGGAGAAUCGGGCUCGCCUACCCGCACACCUCCAGCCAAGGUUGGCCCGCCCGGGCUGGGGAUGACGGAACGCAAGCCGACCCUGCCAGCACGUCCGCCGGCGCCGGCGCACCAGUUCGCGCAGUCCCUAAAGCUUGCGAAGAGCACAUCGGCGGUGGAUCUCCUCGGCGACGACGGCGGUAGCGAGAUGCACGGGUGGGAGACGCUAAGGCCCAGCUAGACCUGGUAAGCUGCUGGCGCGCAGCCUGUUGUUGGGUAGUCGGUAUUUCGAAUUUUCGGCAGCACUAUUCCUGUAU